AUGACCGGCCACCAUCCUUUGCGGGAGGCACCACGAGACCUCUCCGAAAUCGCCGAACAAGAAGAACGCCUCGUCCUUCCGCACUUUACCGCGGACGAUGCCCUCGACAUCGGGCUAUCGAUCCGCAACCGCCUGCGUGCGCUCUCCCACCUCGCCGCGGUGGUGUCGAUCUCGCUCGCGAAUUCCUCCAACCUGUUAUUCCACGCCGUGUCGCGGCCGGGGGUCCAGCCGGACAACGACAUCUGGGUGUCGCGCAAGAGGAAGACGGUGUUGAGGUGGGGCGUGAGCACGUGGUUCAUGCACAACAAGUUCAAGGGGGACGAAGAGGCCUUUGCCCGUAAGUACAUGCUCGGCGGGGAGGCGGGGGGCACCUUUGCCAUCCACGGCGGCGGCGUGCCCGUGCGGGUCAAGGGCGUCGAGGGCGUCGUCGGCGUCGUCGUCGUGAGCGGCCUGAAGCAGGACCAGGACCACAUGGUGGUGAUUGAGGCGUUGGAGGAAUUUAUCAAACAGUGCGGCAAGGAGGCCGAGAGGGGGGGCCAAGGAGGAGAGGGAGCGAGGUGA